AUGAAUGGAGUGACGGGUGAAGUUGAUGGUAACACCAGUUUGAAUAAUUUGCUGUUAUGUAAUACUCUACUAGAGCUAGACGACAUGUCCAUGACCGUUUUAGGUGAUGCCUUAAAGGCUGACGAUUUAGCCGAAGUGGUCAUGAUUCGACCUGAAGAACAACUCAACUCAUCGUGGGUGGUUGACAAAGCGGUCCUGGAAGACACCACGAAGGCGCUCAGUGCGCGUAGUAGAUCUGAGAUAUUCCAAGAUCAUUCAGAUCCACUCCACUCACCGUUGGCUGAGUUUGGUGACGUCGUGUCAAAGACGUCACCCAUUGGUCUCUUCCAAAAGAGCAUUGACGCUUUCUUCUGUGCCAAAUACGAGGCUGGGCUGGUGCAUGAGAGCAAGUCUCCGCAAUCCACGCUGACACACAGUGUCAGAAAGCCAAAUGGCAAGUGGCGCAUCGUUCAUGCGUUUAACAAGCUGAAUGCAGCUACGAUCCCGGCUCAGACACCGAUCACUCGCAAGGAUGUUCUAUAG